CGCGCCGUUCCCGCCGGUCCUUCAUCUACCUGCCGAGAGCAGGUAGCUCGCGGCGGCGCGGUGCAUGCCGGAGCUGGUAGUCCCUGAGGAGAGGAAGGGUAGUCCGGCCGUGCGUGGGGCAGAACCGCUCGGGUGCGGGCCGAGGCGGGCGGUAUGGACAAGCUCAAGCGGGUGCUGAGCGGCCACGACGCGGAGGAGCCAAGCGGCCUGACUGAGGUUAUUGAGGCAACUUCGUUAGGCUGGGGCACCAGAGUGAAAGGCUUCAUUGCUUGUUUUGUGAUAGGAUGCCUGUGCUCGCUCUUGGGUAGUUGUCUGCUAUGGAUACCAAAGAAAGGACUGAUGCUCUUUGCAGUGUUUUAUACAUUGGGGAAUAUUGCGUCUAUUGGGAGCACUCUCUUUCUUAUGGGACCAAUGAAACAAUUGAAAAGGAUGUUUGAGCCUACACGUUUGAUUGCUACUACUGUUAUGCUAUUGUGUCUCAUACUAACACUGUGUUCUGCUUUCUGGUGGCAUAAAAGAGGACUAGCGCUCCUAUUCUGCAUCUUACAGUUUUUUGCCUUGGCAUGGUACAGCAUUUCCUUCAUACCGUUUGCAAGGGAUGCUGUGAAGAAAUGUGUUUCGGUCUGUCUGUCCUAACAGGAAUACUGGAUACUUCACAAAGUUCUAGGAAGUAUAGUAGAACUAUGUUAAGAUCACUGUGUAUGUAUUUUCCUACUUCUGUCUUAAACACGUGCCUUUCAGCUUGUCAUUAGAAGCUCCUUGUGUUAAAUCCAGAGUAUGCAAUUGCUUGGUUUUAUAAGCAAUGGUGUCUGUAGCACAAGGUGCUCAUGAUCAAAUGAAGUUCAGUCUGGCAGAAGAACUGGGCAGAAAUCCAGAAUUGUUAUGAUAAUCUUAUGUAAAAUCAUGUAUUUAUUUGGUUUUGCAAAAGUAACAAAUAUGUGAAGUCUGUAAAAUGGAGACCUCAGCUCUGAUGGGACUAUGCCAGCCUGGAGGAUUUCUUUUUCAAGAAAAAGAAAUUGGCUGCCAACUGAUUUCUUACUGACAACUUGGUUUUUUAAAAUUGCCUUACAUCACUUAAUUGUUGCACUGUUUGCCUUGGAUAAUGGAAUAUUGGUAUUCUUUCUUUUCCUGCCUCUCUUGCAAAAUUUUAGGUUUAUGAGACUUCUAAAAGAUUUAAUUCUAAAUGAAAAGACUGUUUUGGGGUAAAUAUGAAAUGUUUGCAUCUUUAGUGAAGUAUUUAAUUUUCAGUUUAGACUGAUGCUGUUUCUUCAGAAUACAUGAAAGGGACAUUCUUCAUCUGUGAAAACUUGUUCUUGUAGGAAAAGCACUUGCAAAAUAAGGUUAAUAGAAUUUUCCAACUGCCAGGAACCUGAGUUCUUUGCAUUGUCUACAGCUAAAGGCAAUACAUACAAGGUAGAAAACAAAUUUUUCACAUCAAGCAAGGUGCUUCUCUUCUCCCCCAGCUGUAGCAUAGGAGCAGUGCAAAGCUGAGGGCAUGGUAGGUAAGCAAAGAGAGAAUUCAUGUGUGUCCUUUCUUAAAGGACAAACUGUUGAUAAGGUGGAAGUGGGCUAUUGUUUAAGCAGUGAGGGCCGGGGAAAAGAUAUUUUCUUUUGAACUUGUAAAUAAGUUAACUCCAACAUUUCUUUUUUUUUUUUUUUUUGUGAGUGGGAUCAGUUUUGUUUCUCCUAAAGCUCUUGCAUACACUAGUAAACUUCUGCUUUGAUGAGAAAGUACAAUUUUCUAUUACCUGUCUUAACAAAGAAAGCGUGUAACAAUCUAGCUGCCAGCUCCAAACAAAUUCUGAACAGUCAGUAUCCAAAUUCCAAGGCCACUGUACAUUCUCUUAUCUUCUGAGCUAUGUAUAAUCAUUUACUUCCAAACCAUUGCAGUGGUGAGUUGUUUAAUAUCUAAGCACAGAUUCCCACUUCUUCUGUGUGAGAUACUCUCUAACUGCUUUCACCUUUCCUCUUACCAAACUGUCUUACUGGAGUCGCUGUCUAUGAAGAUGAUUAUCCAGCAGACUUUAGUAUGAACUGAAGCCUCUCGUCCUCCAUGUCCUAAGAAUUUAGUCAUUUAACAGUACUGUGUUUGCAUGGCACGUGUAUCCCUGACUUGUACCACAAAGAUUUUUGAUGUAGGAAAAAAACUAGAUCUACCUGGCAAUUAAGUAUAAACCCACAGUCAAGCCAAAUAAUUCUAUAGCUUCCAGAAAGUUACUAGAAACUGAGUUAAUUCAAAAUCUUGAACUUAAGUGUCCUUCUGAUAAUUUAUAAAGCAGUGCUAUCCUGCUGUUAGGAUCCUCUAAAAAAAUUAAAAAUCCCUUUUAAGGAUGGCAGGAAAGGGAAAUUUUAGCAGCUUUCUGUGGAUUCCAGCUGGCUAGAGUUACUGUUACAAGGGCAUUUGAAUGGAAAAUGCCGCCUUGAAAACAUGGCACUGAUGUUGGGAUGAAUCAGUUAUACAGGAUGAUGUUCAAGUGCUAUGACCUAGUGCUUUUUUUUUUUUUUUUUCUCCCUAGGAUUUGGAAGUUAGUAUUGAAAUAACUAGGUUGACUAUUACUUUUCUCAAAAGGAAGAAUUGGCUUAAUGCCUGAGAGAGACUGGGAAUUAAAGAAUACUGAUACUUUCCCUGACUGAUCCAAGACAAGUAUCUAAACUAAUGUAUGUCGUCUUUAGCAGGGAGUAGGUUCAAAACCAAAUUUAUAUCUGUCAAAGAACCCAUGUUAGUCUUUUAUUAGGACUUUGAUAAUGUUUACAGAAUUCCUUUGUAUAAGGGCAAUUGAAAUGCAACCCUAAUGCCUUUUACAUUCUGAUGUUUCCUUAGUUUUAACAUCUCUGGGUGAUCCUGGAAAACGCUACAUGUAUAACAUACAUAAUUUCUCCUUCCCCUCUCCAGGAAGAUUAUGUUAAUUUGGAUCAUCAUUCCAGGCUCAUCAGCAGUCAACAUAAUGGAAUUUGACUUCAAGGGUUCUUUUUUUCGAAUACUUCAGAUUAGGAGGAGUAAGCGCCUUUUGCUUAUUCCUUAACUAGCUUGUGCAGGAUUGUGGUACCCUGACUCUAGCAGUUCCUGUAGAAGAACACUAGAAUUGGGUAUGCUGAAUAUUAGUUUUUCAACUUGCAUAGCAGCUAACUGGAACCUUGUAGCUGACUGUUGUGAGCACAACCACUUAGAAGUAGAAAACUUAGGAAACUACCAAUAGAUAGUGGGUAAACGUAAACGGAUUUUUUUUCUUCUCUUCCCCCUCCUAUCCUUUUUAAAGCUGUAAUUCCAGCUGUACAGCUUCUUAUUCAAUAAGAGAGAACAAUAAAUCUUCAUUUGACUGCAUAGCACAUGAAGCUAAGCAAUUGUGCCCUUAAAGGAAGGGAACCCAAAGGCAUAAGGAUCACUGGAGUGCCACUAGUGUUUAUGUUGCCCUUUGGCGUUGGAUUCUGUUCCUGUGAAGGUCAGACAGUAGGAGAGGCUCACCGUAUUCUUGCCACUAUGUGAAACAUACUCAGGGUUUGUUGCUUCAUCUACAAGCAGCUUUGACUUAAGAUAACUCCUCUCUAUCAGAACAAAACUCUUCAGAUUCUUGCUCACUUAUAAGUAGUUGUGCUCAGGCUAUUGCCAAGUUUAGCAGCAAAAGAUUUUUCCACUUCGUUAAAAUACUUUAUUUUAUAUGAUUUUACAUAAUCAGGGAGUAAACUAGUGUAUGAAUGUUCCCUCUUGAUCAGUUUCGAUCUGAAUUAGAUUAUACCAUUAUACCAUUUUUUUUGUCAUUAAAACUACUUGGUGUUAAGUUUUGAUAUCAGCUUUGGUUAUCCGCUUGGCAGGAAGUGCGGUGGGUUACUUCUGAAGCCCUCUCUAGUUUUCUAAAUGUCCUUCCAGGCAGGAAUGUUUGUUGUGUGUGCUCUACAGCAGACAUAGUUGUGUUUUAAAUCACAAAACUCCUUCCUUCCCAAAGUCCUUGCUCAGUUGCCUACAGGACUUAACUCAAGGCUGACUUUCCUAAAGAAACUUGUAUGAUGUUGGAUGCCUGUUUCAGUAGGAUUUGGUGUUCUACCAGAAAGUGCUUUUUGCCCAGCCUCACUGUUGGUCAACUUGCCUAUCCACUUUUUUUUUUUAACUUUUUGCAGUACAGGUAACCUAACCUUAACCAAGUGGCCUUAGCAUACUGUUCUAGCAUGAAAUAUGUGUAUCUGGGACCAGAUGUCUUUCCAGAUAUAGUAGAAAUGGAAAUGGGGAGGUGGUAGUCAUCUAUUCCUAAAGUACUGAGAUUGUCAACAUUAAAAGGUGGGAUUUUUUUCAUUACUUCAAAGUUUUGCUCUGUUUUAUGUGAUAAAGUCCACUGUGAAUACCGGUACUAUCUGAGACGGUUUUACAGUGAUGAUGUGAACAAUUCAAUCUUGUAUAAUAUUUACAGUAAUAAGAUUGGUCGUGAGCUGUUACAAAAAAACAAGGAAGAAAUUUCUGCACCAAAUAGAAAUUCUUUUAAGAAAUCAUGUGAGGGGGUUUUUGUGUUUGGUUUUUGUUGUGGUUUUUUUAGAGUGUGUUAAGCUUUAUAUGUGGAUACUUAUUAGGCAAGCUGGGGGGAGAGCAAAGACUCCACUAUGGGCUAGCUUCCAGCUAGGUGCAGAAUGACAGACCUGAAUUGAUCAUAACCUGUGAGUAGAUUGCAGCUGGCGUGCAAUGCGUUUGGAGGCUCAUGGCUCUGUUGCUUAUGUGCAGUCUGAAACUCACGUUCUGGGAACUGCCUUGUGGAGCAGUGGGGGAAGCUCAUCCCCUUUUGCUUUCUGCUAAGAGAUUGAAAGAGCCUCUGUUGAGUUUCUGAGAAUGGUUCUUGCUUGGUUUUGGUACUUAACCAUGUUAAUGAAAGAGCGAGCACUGUUGCUACUGUAGACUCUCAAAACUGAGGAGGAAGAUGAUAUUUAAACACACAUUUGUCUUAAAUACUGAUGUUUACAACCAUAGCAAAUACUGACCAUGUAGGACAAAGCACAGAAAUGGUGUAUUUUCUUAAAACUGCCUCACUGUAAUGUGACAACACUACUUUUUUUUUAAACAGCUGUGGAAUUGUUUUGUAAAAUAAAAACCAAACUCUUAGAAAUUCUCCACAAUGUUUUAUGCUGUUACUGAUUCUGUUUGCUGUUCUGCUUUUUCUAUGUAUUUACGGUUGUAUUUCUACUUUGAUAAACAUCUUUUUUUCCUAACUUACAACUUUCUCUGUAAUGAAGUGAAAUCUUUACUUACAAGUGCUGGGGGUUUUUUCCUUCAAUAAAGUUGUCAUUGCAUUAAA